AUGUCAGGUACGUGGGAGUUUAUUAAGAGGCACAAAGGGAAGAUCAUCGCGGGAGGAGUGUUAAUUGGUGGUGCGACUGCGUAUAUGCUCCAAAUGAAACAGCAGAGUCAUACUUCCUUGGUUCCAAAUCAUUACAGUCCCGAUAGUUUGCAGGUGAAGGUAAAGCGUCGCUAUAUUUUCGACACCAACCAACGCGCCUGUGAUCAGUCUAUAAGCGACCUGGUCAAGGAUCUGAAAACACGUGUUCAACUGCGAUUUGAUGUUGAGUCUUUAAUAACUAAACUCAAGGAGGACGUUACCCUUUCUGUUGAAGAAAAAGUGGAGCUUUGGAAUCAUGUCAAGGUACUGAGUAUUGCUCGGAUCGUGGGAAUUGCAUAUACUUAUUCUUUGCUGACUGCAACUUUAAAAGCACAGAUCUCAAUCUUGGCAGCCGACAUAAUAAGCUAUUUUGAUCUUGAUGCCUCGUAUCCCUCAUCUCCUCUGGAACUAUCGGAAUCAGACAAUUCUAGUGCCGUUGCUGGAAGCAGAAAGAUUUUUGUGCAGUGUACUCAGUAUUUCCUGACAACUGGAACACUAAAACUGCUUCAACUUGUUGAGGAAACAUGUAAGGAUGUCAGCUCAACAUUGCUGUUGACGGACCAAGUCAAUAGUGAUAGAAUGCGGGAAGUGUUCGAGGCUGCUGAUCAAAUAAUUUCGAAGAAAGUACCAACUUUCUUCUCUGCCUUGGUAGCUCCGCUUACAGAAUCUGAAAAAUGUUCGAGUGACCCCGUGAUGCAACUUUUAACACGACUGGUGAAGUCUUUAGAGUCUGAGAAAUGUCGCGAAACACUUUCUACUCUAAUUGACUUCUAUUUGACUGCAGCAGUCCAUAAACUACCAUCAGAACCUGCAGCUCUGGCGAAACUUUUGCCUUCUUUCCUCGAUAUUUUCGACUUCGUUGCCUCUGAUGCGUACGACUCACCACUACAAAAUAGUUUAUGCUCUUCGGACAUUUAUCAUUACGCUAAUUUUGUGUUUAAAACACUGUAG